AUGGCGAAGCUCCUUCUGGUAUCAGCCUCUGCACUAGUCUUUGUCAUCCUAUUGCUUGAGCUUAGGUUGGCUUACUCUUCAGCCGAACCACAAAGGCCAAUAAAGGCUGCUAACACCUGUAGCUGUUCAGAAAGCAAGGCCAACUUUGAUAAGCAGCGAUCAGCUCAGAUUUUAGGAAUGGCAGCUCCACGUCUACGACCCCUUCGGAUAUUAACAAAUGCAGGCAGGGACCGUGAUCAUCCAAGAAAACCCAGUCAAGCAUCUCCUAAAGCACCACCUGGUGGACAUCCCUAG